AUGAAAGAGCUCUUAUCAGGAAAGCAUAAGUUGAAACAUGAUGAAAACGUCGCUUUGGCAAAAGAGUGCAGUGCGAUCAUUCAAAGAAAUCUUCCACCCAAACUCACUGAUCCAUGUAGGUUUACUAUUCCUUUUUCCAUUGGUCCACUAACUAUUAUCCAUGCUUUAUGUGAUUUAGGAGAUAUCAUCAAUCUGAUUCCUCUAUCCAUUAUGAGGAAGUUAAAUUAUGGUGAACGAAAGCCAACUCAGAUGACAUUGACACUGGUUAAUUAUUAUAUCACCUACCCAUAUGGAGCUAUCAUUGAUGUAAAAUUAGAUAAGUUAACAUUAAGGUUUAACAAGGAGAAGGUUGUCUUCAAUAUGUUUGAAGCAAUGAAGCACCAAAAAGAAAACCUACAAUGCUAUAGGAUAGACGGGAUGGAAGAAGUUGUUCAAGAGGUGAAUGUGGCUGAAACACUUUUGUCACUGAUGGAUAGUGUUAUUAUUAAUCCAGUUUAA